GACUUCUAUGAAUGGAAGAGGAGAGAUAUGGCUUCUUUGAUGAUUGGAAAAUUUGGACGUAUGUUCCUUGCAAAGAAAACUUACAAGUUGCUUUGCAUUUCUGUUGUUUCCAUCCAGACAGGACUACGAGGCAUGGCGGCUUGUAAUGAGCUUAGUUAUAGAAGAAAAGAAAAAGCAGCCAUCACUAUCCAGAGUCAUUUUUGUGGAUUCGUGGCUCGCAUUCAUUACAAGAGAAUGAAGAAAGCAGCGGUUACCACCCAGUGUGCAUGGAGGGUAAGAGUUGCUCGCAGAGAACUGCGCAAACUUAAAAUGGCUGCAAAAGAAGCAGCUGCUUUGCAAGCCACCAAUAGUAUUCUGGAAAAGCAAGUUGAAGAACUCUCUUCACAAUUGGAGCUAGAAAAGCGCAUAAGGGCUGGUAUAGAGGAAGCCAAGACUGAAGAAAUUAUGAAGCUACAGUCUGCUUUGGAAGAAAUUCAACUUCACCUUCAAGAGACCAAAGAUUUGCUAAUGAGAGAGCACGAGAAAGCAAAGGAGGCGGCUAGGAUAGAAGAAGCCCAAACUGAAGAACUUCCUUCAGAGAAUGGCCAUCAGGACCCACAAGCAGCAAAAGCAUUAAAACCAUUUGGCACAUUAUCAUUGAGAAGAUCCCAAAUUGAUAGACAACGAGAGAGUGUGGAUAUUCUUUUCAAAUGUAUUAAAGAAGAUCUCGCUUUCAGCAAAGGAAAACCAGUUGCGGCAUUUACGAUAUACAAAUGCCUUCUUCACUGGAGAUCCUUUGAGGUGGAGAGAACUAAUGUAUUUGAUCGCCUCAUUCAGGUUAUUGGUUCUGCUAUAGAGGAUGAGUCAAACAACAAGUGCAUGGCUUAUUGGCUGUCAAACACAUCUGUAUUACUAUUUCUUCUACAACAUACACUACGAGCUAAUACAGUUUCCACCCCAAGCAAACCCCCCCAACCAACAACUUUUUUUGGAAGGAUGUUCAGCAGGUCAUCUCUUUCUUCAGCCAAUCUCUCAGUUGGUGGGCUGGAUGGAAUCCGCCAGGUUGAAGCAAAGUAUCCUGCUUUGCUUUUCAAGCAACAGCUCACUGCCUAUGUCGAGAAGAUUUAUGGAAUCAUCCGAGAGAACCACAAAAAGGAAUUGUCUUCAUUACUUUCUUCAUGUAUCCAGGCUCCUACAGAAUCCAGUGGAAGCUCUCCAGGAAACCCAUGGCAAAGCAUUGCUGAGAAUCUUAAUGGGCUCGUCAAUAUAUUGAAUGAAAAUUAUGUACCUCAAAUUCUUGUGCAGAAUAUGACCAUCCAAAUUUUCUCUUAUAUCAAUGUACAAUUAUUUAACAGCAUCCUCCUUCAAAAAGAAUGCUGUACUUUCAACAAUGGUGAACAUAUAAAAGCUGGGUUAGAUGAAUUAGAACUUUGGUGUAGACAUACAAAAGAAGAGUUUGUAGGCUCCUCAUGGGAUGAGCUGAGACAUAUAAGGGAGGCAGUUGGAUUCUUGGUUCUGCAUCAUAAGGCAAGAAUCACCUAUGAUGAUCUUAUAACUGACUUGUGCCCUCUCUACAGAUUAUGCAUGCUAUGCUGGGAUGACAGCAACAACACUGAAAGUGUAUCAGCAGAUGUAAUUGCCAGCAUCAAGGUCCUAGUAUCAGAAGGGAACUCCGAUGAUACCGAGAAUCACUCCUUUGUUUUGGACGACAAUUCAAGUAUUCCAUUCGCAGUUGAGGAGCUCAGUCGUUCUCUUAGAGACAUCAAUUUUACUGGUGUAAAACCUGCUGCAGUACUCCUUGAACAUCAGGGCUUUGAGUUUUUGCGCGAAUAAUGCUGGUGCAGCAGAUAGACUUGUCACUGGGUU